AUGGCCGUCGACUAUGCAGUUGCCGUCCCCACCUUUAUUGGAAGUGUCAUGUCAACGAUCGCAUCUUCACUGGUCCUUCUGUCUUAUGCCACUUCCUCGAGGAAACGGCACUUUCGUCAUUGGCUGAUUUUGAACCUGGCCAUCGCAGACUUUAUCAAUGCACUCAAUAACUCCAUUUCCGGGCUGGCAGUCCUCAAAGAGGGCCACGAUGUGACGCCGGGCACCGGAUGUAUUUUGAAUGCUUGGAUAGGCCAGCUAUCGGUGCAGGCAGGCGAUUUCUCUGUGCUGGCUAUUGCAUUGGUCGCGCUCUGGAUUAUCAAUCAACGGGCGAUAGUUUCUGCGCCAGACGCGAACGUUAAGAAGCUACUGUACUGCUCAUCUGUUUGGAUUGUACCCGUGUGUACAAGUACUAUUGGAUUUGGAUUGAAAUUGUAUGGGCCCGUCAGUGGAAAUUGGUGCUGGAUCGAGCCGCAGCAUCUCGGUCUGCGAUAUGCACUUGGCCAUGGCUGGCGCAUUGCCAUCAUCUUGACCACCGUGGGUAUCUAUGUCUAUGUCUUCGUGAUCAUCAAGCGCCGUUUCGCGGGAAUAGCAUUCUUUCCCCAUGCAGCUAGCAACUCAGGGCAAAGAACGGUAAACGUGAGUAGAGGGCCGGGAGGGGUAAUGACGAUUGAGCUGGAGACGACUGUGGUAGUCGAAUCUGUCGCAGCCGAACAUGCUGGCACACGAGGUAUUGACUCGUCACCGUCGACAAUUUCCGAUAGAGAGUCGGAGGGCCAUCGCCCUGUCGUUAUGUCCUCUAAGGCAGAAACUGCGACUGAAAUUAUUCCUUACACUGCCCAAAGAGCCAUGCCUCAUAGCUACUCCGAGAUACGUCGAAUAAUGCUGCUCAACGGAUAUCCCAUCAUAUACGUGAUACUCUGGAUACCAGGCCUCCUCAAUCGUCUUUUCGAGUCACUUGACUACAGCCCUCGAUGGCUAAAGAUUCUUCAGGCCUCCACACAGUACGUUGGCCUCGCAAACGCGAUUACAUAUUCAUACAACGAAGGGGCGAAAUGGAGAUUUCGUGCGUGGAGAGCCGGACUGCAGCGAUUGUAUGACUGA